AAGAUGUUCGAUCUCAAGACGAAGGUUCUGGUCGGCAUCGCCAGCAGCUUACUGAUUGCUGCGAUUGUGCUGAUAAGCGUUGUCUUCUGUCUUUACUUCAAAGUCUCCAAGGCACUGAAAUGUGCAAAGGAAUACAGUACUUCACAUCUAGCCUAUGGCACUCCAAGCAAGGUCACCCAGGCGAAGGUCAUUCCAGCCCAAGUCAUCACGGCGGACCCCUGUCGCCCCCUCCAGUGCUGUGAUGAAUGCACCAUGUACACAGACACCCUGCCACCGUGCUUCUGUAACCCCAACGAGGGGCUCUGA